AAUCUCUUGAAAAACCUAAAUAAUUAGGGAAAUUACAAUGCGGAUAGCUUUAUGCGGGGAGAAUCCGGGAUUGGUAUAAACAUGAAGAGAAAACUGAAUCCAGGGAGGAAUAGGAGCCUUAUGGAAUUGAUAUCUCGGGAAACCGAGGAAGAUAUGCGUUUGGUCAUGGCCUUCGGAUGCCGGUUCCGCUUUCGAUCGGCAUUCGAUUCAUACUCUAUAGCUUGUGAGUCAUUCUCUGAAGAGCAACAGCAGAUUCUCUCCUCAUCCUCUUCUUCGCAUCUGAUCGGGAUCAAUUUUGAUCUCUAAUAGCGUUUUCUGGCCCCUUUUCCGUUUCUUUUGGAGGUUUUUCUUUCUUUUUUUCCUUUUUGAGGAUUUUCUUUUGGCCUUUGUUGGAAUUGUCGAUCGAGUUGCGGCUUAGGUUUGUUCUUUGUACAUAAAAAAAACAAUGGAGGUGGCUGAUGACGGUGAUUUCACUGAGAAAGAUCCCUCGGGUCGGUAUGUUCGGUAUGAUGAGAUCUUGGGGAGGGGAGCAUUCAAGACUGUUUACAAGGGAUUUGAUGAAGUUGAUGGAAUAGAGGUUGCAUGGAACCAAAUCAAUAUUGAAGAUGUGUUGCAGAAGCCUGAGCAGCUGGAAAGAUUAUAUUCAGAGGUUCAUCUUUUGAAGUCAUUGAAGCACGAAAACAUUAUCAAGUUCUACGAUUCAUGGGUGGAUGAUAAGAACAAGACCAUCAACAUGAUAACAGAGUUGUUUACUUCGGGAAGUUUGAGGCAGUACCGAAAGAAGCAUAAGAAUGUUGAGGUGAAGGCUAUCAAGAGCUGGGUGCGGCAGAUCCUUAGAGGUUUACACUAUCUGCAUAAUCACAAUCCUCCGAUCAUUCAUAGGGAUUUGAAAUGUGAUAAUAUUUUUGUUAAUGGAAAUAAUGGAGAAGUGAAGAUCGGAGAUCUUGGAUUGGCAACUGUCAUGCAGCAACCCACUGCCCGAAGUGUAAUUGGAACUCCUGAAUUCAUGGCUCCCGAGCUUUAUGACGAGGAAUAUAAUGAACUUGUCGACAUAUAUUCUUUUGGUAUGUGCAUGUUGGAGAUGGUUACUUGUGAAUAUCCAUAUAAUGAAUGCAAAAAUCCAGCACAGAUAUACAAGAAAGUUACCUCUGGUAUUAAACCUGCUUCCCUUGGUAAAGUGAAUGAUCCACAAAUUAAGCAGUUUAUUGAGAAGUGUCUUCUUCCAGCAUCUAUGAGACUGCCAGCUGUGGAACUCUUGAAAGAUCCAUUCCUUUUGGCUGAAAUUCCCAAGGUAGCUGCCAGUGGUCCACUAGUAAACUUGAUCCAGGCUAAGCCUCAUCUCAUGGAAAUAGAUCCCAACUGCAAAACGCUUCUGGUCAAUUCAUCUACAAGAAACAUCAAGGAAGCUCCUGGGUUCUCAUCUCUUGAGCUACAGUGUUUCACUGAGAAGAAUGAAUUUAGCCUAAAAGGGGAGAAGAAUGAUGAUAAUACAGUUUCAUUGACCUUGCGCAUUUCUGAUCAAUGUGGUCGAGCAAGAAAUAUCCAUUUUUCAUUUUAUCUGGAUUGUGAUACUGCUAUUGCGAUCGCUGAGGAGAUGGUUGAACAACUUGAUUUGUCAAAUGAAGAUGUAGCUGUCAUUGCAGAGUUGAUUGAUAGCAUGAUCAUGAAGCUUGCACCCUACUGGAAACCUUCAUUUGGAAGCAUUUCAUACCGGUCGGCUAUCUUGAAAUGUCAAGACCCCGAAGAUUCUAUUGGUUCAGACAUAUCAACUGAAUUUGAAGGAAUGUUGGCCUCAGACGGGAGUGACAACAAACCAAUAGGGUGUUCUGAUCACGGAAAUGUUGAGUGCCGAAAUGGUCUGAACACAUAUGAUUUUGGUUUAGAUAUUGACCAUCUUGGGAAUAAAGAGACCAGUGAUGAGAAAAACCUUGGGGAAUAUAUUGGGAUAAAAUACUCCACAAAGAACUCCGAGACAUCCUUAAUGGAUUCUUGUUCUUUUGCAUCUCGAGAUAUGAGCUCAUCAAGCAUCGACCGUCUAUCGUUUGCAGACAAGGAUAAGUUGAAGGAGCUGAAGUCGGAGCUUGAUGCGAUAGAUUCACAAUAUCAGCAGUGUUUCCAAGAGCUCGUAAGGAUGAGAGAAGAAGCCAUGGAAAACGCCAGGAAGAGGUGGAUAACAAAGAAAGUUUCUGUGAUGUGAUGUACAAUAUAUUUUACCUGCUAACUAUCGAGCUUUUCUCCUCUUCCUUUAGUUCAUGAUAGUACCCUUUUUUUUAGCUGUGAUUUGCAACGGAAGAAAUCAUUUACUUGACAAAACUUUCAUUAUUUCGGCA